CGGAUGGGUCUUGUGCAAUGUGUGCUGUUUUCAGUUCUUCAUUCUCGUCAUGACAACUAACUUGUUUGCAGUUCUGCUGUGGUGCGCCGCAGCGCUUUCCGGUCUACUUGCGGCGCCAUCUUGGCCGGCAGUCACCUGUGACAAGGAAAACGUGACGUCGGCUGCGACUUUUGGUGUCCGACACAUCAAUGGAAAGCACGAGCAUGGAUUCCGGUUCAAGCUGCAGGAGGUCCAGAGCAGCAAAUAUCAACAGGUAUCAGGAGGUUGCCACAUAGAUGUGAAUGUGAAGCUCGUGCAGACCAAAUGUCACUUCACCAACCCCAAACCUGAUGACCAAUGCGAGCUGUGGCGACGGGAUGAACGGUGUACCAUUGUUGUUGUUUCGGGUGCAGUUGCCACCUGCAGCAUUGAAUUCUGGGUGAUGUGGGGUGUGGCCAAAGUCACCAGACAUGAAUGCACAACCAGACCAGAACUUACCAAUGAGGAGUUGGAGACUGUUUGUCUGUAUUGCCCCAAGUUGUUGCCGCUGGAUGACCCGACAGCGGUGAAGGCUGUGCACGACUCUGUGGUCAAGUUCAACCGGGAGAAUCAACACCAGAACUACUUCACCCUGAUGGAAGUGGCUCAUGUGACAAUGGGGUCUAUUCCAUCCAUUGGCACGGUUACCUUGCUGAAGUUUGCCCUGGUUGAGACCACGUGUCCCAGAGGCGCCAGGAAUACUUUUGUGCCCUGCACCCCUCGCUGUCCGGACAGAGCUAAUCACGCCUUUUGUCAAACCUCUUACUACAACUUGCACAGUCAAGUGGGAAAACUUGAGUGUGAAUUCUAUCCCCCAAAAAAUCCAGGCCCCUACCCGACUGACGUGCCAGAACCUGUAUGCAGGCUGUUCCACCAAAGUCCAGAAGCUUGUGUGUGCAAAGCACGGCUGAACAACCUGGAUCAUGCGAUCCACCACAUUUGUCCGUUCCUGCUUAAGUGAUAUUCCUUGAACUAUUUUAAUAAAAACAAAUGUGCCUGA